AUGGGGACCGAACCCAGUGGAAGUGGUAGGAUCAAAGUUGACGAGCACUAUCCAUCAGAACUUGAUGAACCACCUGUGUUCGAUGUGAAGAAAAUCGAGAACAUUAGGGCAAAUGUAAAAUUUGAUACGUUAUACCAGGUCACCAAACUUCUUGGAGAUGGAAAAUUUGGUAAAGUUUACUGUGUUAUUGAAAAAGCAACGGGCAAGGAGUUCGCGGCGAAAUUCAUCAAAAUCAGAAAGGAAGCCGAUCGUACGGAGGUGGAGAGAGAAGUCUCGAUUCUCACUGGUCUUCGCCAUCCGCGAAUCGCUCAGAUUUACGACGCGUUUUACACCACCACCAACGAUGUGGUUUUGAUUAUGGAAAUUGUUCGAGGAGGUGAACUAUUCGAUCGUGUCGCCGAGGAAUCCUAUGAGCUUUCUGAGCUUGCUGUCGUCAUGAUCAUCUGCCAACUGUGUGAAGCCAUCGACUACAUUCACAAACAAAACAUUCUUCAUCUAGAUGUCAAGGUAAGCUUUCACUGUUCAUUCUGUAUCUCGUGUGAUGGUCCAGAAAACAUCAUGUGCGUUUCUCUAACUGGAAAUCGCAUCAAGCUGAUUGACUUUGGUCUUGCUAGGCACUAUGAUGGAACUCAGGAGCUAAAAUAUAUGGCAGGUACUCCGGAAUUCGCCGCACCGGAAGUGAUCAAAUUUGAAAAGCUCGAUUAUCACACGGAUAUGUGGAGUAUUGGAGUGAUAACUUAUAUUUUGCUCUCCGGAUACUCACCAUUUCUUGGUGACAACUUGGGAGAGACAUAUUGUAACGUGGAAAAAGGAGUGUGGGAGUUCACAGAGGAGUUCGAUACAGUUAGUGAGGAAGCGAAGGACUUUGUGACAAAAUUGCUGAUUUAUGAUCAAAGCAAGCGCAUGCUCCCACAUGAAUGUCUCCAACAUCCAUGGAUAGCUAAACACCGUCAAAAGGCGGCGUGCAACACGAUUCUGGAGAAACCGCUCAACGCGCCCACACUUGAUAACAAGCAAAUUAUGCGAUACAACGCGAGACGAAAAUUCCGGCGUAUGAUAAUCUAUGUCAAAUUCUUGAUAGAGAUGAAUCGGUUAAGAAACUCGCUGAAAACUCGAAUGAGUGCCAACGGACACAAGUUCUUCGAUCCGCUGCUCAAAAUGGCGGAGAAAAAAGAACAAAAGAUUACCAACGCUAUCGGUUCCGUUUCUUCGUCUCCAGCACCAGGGCUAGGAUCUCUUGUCAAAAUGGCCGUCGAUUCCGAAAAGAAGAAAAACGGAGAAGGUGUGAGUCAGACGCCAACAAUGUCCGCUGAACCUGAAAAGGUGGAAAAGAAGAAAAAAAAGAAGAUUGUCAGUGCCGAUGGCUCUACAAAGGAGAAAACGCCAAGUAUCAAAAAGAAGAAAGUGACAGAGAACAAUGAUGACGCCAGUCUACGACCACCUCCGGAGUUGUUGACUAAACGAGCCUCCACUGGCGGGGAGAGUCUUUUGGCAGCAGUGAAAGUGCUAAAAAAUCUAGAAGUUGCUGAGAAUGGGACAGCGCAAAAACGGAAAAGCUUGGCAUCGGUAAAAGAGGAGUCUUCGAAGGAGGUGACACCUAAAAAGGAUACGCCAGUUUAUAAGACACUCGAGACAACUGAAAAUGGAGAUAUCAGAAGAAAGAGUGCCCCAGUAAAGCCAGAAUCUGUAGCUGAAAAGCCGCCAAAACUAUUGGAAACGGCGCCGAAUGGGGAGAUCAAGCGGAAAAGUGUGCCAAACAGAGAGACUGAAAAGUCAGACGAGUUGCGCAAGAAGAGUUCAGCUUCAGUUAAAGAAAUCAAAACCGUAGAGUUGUCAUUGGCUAAACCUGAAACCAAUGGAGAGAAAGUUGUCAAAAAGAAGAAGAAGGUGACAACGGUGACAGCGGAAUUGGAGAAGCCAAAAGAGGUUAAAUCAGUGGCUGAAAAAGAAGUGAAGCCGAAACUACUCAACGGAACAAUCGAUGUUGCUGAAAAACGUAGAAGUCUCAGUUCCAAACGGGAAAGUGAGAAUCCUGUACCUGUUGCACCACUCAAGCCACUACCUGUCUUUGAUGCAUCACCGAAAGUUAUUGCUGCUGAAAAGAAGGAGGUGAAGAUCAAGGUGCCAGCAGCAGAGGAGACCGCUCCGGAAACUAAGAAGCCAGCCAGACAGGGCGCUCUCCGAAAACGCGAUAAAUCCCUUGAUGACGUUCUCAAUGCGGCACCGACCCCAACCACUCUCUCCAAGUCUGUUGACACAUCAGUCAAGCAUUCUGUGGUUGAAACUGUUCAUCCGAAUGGUGAAGUCGUAAAAUCCGAAAAAAUUCUGACCAAGAAGAAGAGUUUGAAAACUGAGAAAAGCGUCGAUGAGCAUCACCCGGUUCAGGUUCAUGAGGAUAAUGCAAAAUUGCCGAAAUUGAAAACCGACGUGGUCAGCUUUGAGACAAAACCUGUUAAGAAAACAUCAAAGAUUGUGAAGCUCAUUCCAGACGAUGGUACGGUGAAAGACGACAAAAAGUCAACAAAAAUUGUGAUGACGUCAGAGAAGCAGGCGACAACAACUGUUCAAACUACAACCAGCGUCAAGCGAACUACAAAAAGUUCGGAGAAAAAAGUCGAGCACACAUCAGAUGGCAAAAGUGUCGAGUCGUCGCAGAAAAAGAAUUCACAGAAGGAUGACGUCAAAAUUAGUCAGGUGACCACUAAAAAGGAAGAGGAUAGCACCAAACCUGAACCAAAGCUCACUGUUAAGAAAAAUGUGUUGAAACAGAGUGCCGAGAAGUCUGUAUCCGAAAAGGAUCACAAAAUGACAGAAGGAAAUGACCAAGAAAAAGUUGUCAAGAAAAGUAGCAUUGUGAAGAACAAAGAUGUAGCUCAGGUUUCCGUUCAACAAUCGUUGAAAGUUAAUGGUGAUCCUUCAAAAGAAGCGAAGGUUACUGGUACCAAGACAAUUGUGAAUAAAGUGGAGGUCAAAGGAGAGGAAACAAUUUGUCCAAAAAAAUCCUCGUUGAAAAAGACAACAGCUAAAGUGACUGGAGAGACUACCAACCAUCUGGAAGUCUCUAAAGAUGGCAAAGUGGGAUGUUUGAAGACCAAGGAGACCACAACGAUGAAACUCUCCCCAGACUCUAGCAGCGAUACAUCAUCCAACAAGAACGUGCGAAUUCACCUGACCGAUGAACAGUCAGUUAAGUCGAGUGUCAGAUCGCAUCCAUCUAGUAUUAGCACCAGAGAUAGUUCAGAAGAGAGAAAAAAGGUUCGCUUCGCCGGCGAUGUUGAGAAGUCUCCAACUCAACUAAAACCACCACCACUAUUUGGAAACGGUCUAAUGAAAAUGAAAUCCGAGAGUAGUUUGCAUAAAAGACAAUUGGAGCAAAGUGCCAAAAAGAGCAGCCAUGAUGAUGUCUCUUUACAUCGGAAAACAUCUCUAUUCACUGAUGUGGAGUACCAACCGAAAGAAGACUUCUCGUUUGAAGCGCUAAAAGCAAAACUGACACGACGAGUCAGCGAUGGAUACGAUGAUGAUGGAAAACGUGUAAAGCAAAUGGUCAACAUUCCACCAACCAAUUCAGUUAAGGACAAGUUGCUCCAUUUUGAAAAGAAAUUUGCGCCAAAAUAA